UUUGUUGUUGUUGUUGUUGUGGUGGUGGUGUAUGUCUUUUUUACAUAACGUACUAUGAGGAGAAGCCAUCCAAUCACUGACGAGCAGAUUCAGUAGUAGCCUAGUUACUGUAAUAACCUCGCCGUCUGGUGUCAACUACAGUGAGAAUAAGCGACAGUAAACGACAGAAAGAGAAAACUGCACGCACAUAACCAGAUUGUGAGAGAUUAAAGUGAUUCACUGAAGGUGUUUGUAUGUUCUGCAGGUGUUCAGGUGGAUCUGUUCUGCCAUGAAAGGUCAGCGUGUGUCAGACGGUGUGCGUAGAUGUUGGAGAUCUGCUGUCUGGAUCCUCACCAGCCUGCUGGUAUUAUUGUUUCUGAUCACCGUCACCACCAUUCUUCCAUCCGGAGAUAUCGAACUCAAACGAAGAUCAGUUUCCACCAAUACUACAAAUGCCUCGGUGACAACUCAGUCUGAAGUGCGGCUGAUGAACGGCAGAAACCGGUGCGAGGGCCGUGUGGAGGUGCUUCAUAACGGCACGUGGGGGACCGUGUGCGACGACGACUGGGACAUGGUGGACUCUAACGUGGUGUGCCGGCAGCUGGACUGCGGAGUGGCCGUGGCCGUGGGGAGCAGCUCCAAGUUCGGCCAGGGCUCUGGCCCAAUCCUGCUGGAUAACGUGGACUGCAAAGGGGGAGAGAUGGAUUUGAGUCAGUGUGGGAAUCAGGGAUGGGGCGUCCAUAACUGCUACCACUAUGAAGAUGUGGCCAUCACCUGUAGAGGCAAUAAUGUCGUGGAAUCUCGAGGCCUAGAGCCCACCACACCGUCCCGUCUCAUCUCGGGUUUAAGAGAUGGUGCCAUACGUUUGGCGGGGACUUCAGACCGGUGCCAGGGCCGGGUGGAGAUAUACUACCAGGGCAGCUGGGGAACGGUGUGCGAUGAUGAUUGGAGCAUGGCAGACGCAGCAGUCGUGUGUCAGCAAAUCAGCUGCGGACAAGCUGUCGCCGCACCUACGAACGCCUACUUUGGCUACGGCACGGGACGGAUUCUGCUGGAUAACGUGAACUGUAAUGGGCAUGAGAGCACUCUGGCCACCUGUUACAGCCUCGGAUGGGGAGUGAAUAACUGCGGGCAUCAUGAGGACGCAGGUGUCAUCUGCUCAGGUUCAAGUUCCACCAUGGUCCCGGUUGUCAACACAGAGACUUUAGGCAGAGAAUUCAUCAUUCCAGAAACCACACCAGUGACAGAGAUGAGAGUGCCAGUUACUGUGACGACAACCACUAUGUCCACUACAGCCUCAACGACGAAAGAGAAGCCCAGCAUUCGUGUGGUGAACGGCAUGAACAACUGUCAGGGCCGAGUGGAAGUCCUCUACUUCACCAUCUGGGGAACCGUGUGUGAUGACGACUGGGAUAUGGAUAACGCUCAGGUGGUCUGCAGACAGCUGGGAUGCGGGCCGGCUCUUGCAGCCAAGUCUCUGGCUUACUUCGGCCACGGUUCAGGUCCCAUACUGCUGGAUAACGUUGACUGCAAUAGCAGUGAGCAAAAGCUGACCGACUGCUUUAAUCUGGGCUGGGGACAGCAUAACUGCGGCCAUCAUGAAGAUGCUGGAGUGAUCUGUGCACCACCUUUGGAAUUUGAGGUAAUGGGAAGAGACUUUGGCGUAGGGAUGACAGAGGGAAUUCCAACUACGACUCCAACUACAACCACAACACCAGCAGAAGCUACCAUCAGGCUCGUGGGAGGCAUCCAUCGCUGCGAGGGCCGUGUGGAGAUGUACCUGAGAGGAGAAUGGGGUACCGUGUGUGAUGACGCUUGGGAUCUUACAGAUGCUAAGGUGGUGUGCAGGCAGAUGGGCUGCGGCCUGCCUAAAGCCGCCCAGGGACUGGCCCACUUCGGUCCCGGUCGUGGCACAAUCCACCUGGACAACCUGAAAUGCACAGGCUCAGAAGCUACUCUCAUUCAGUGCUCUCACAUAGGAUGGAAUGUCCACAACUGUGACCACUCAGAGGACGCCAGCGUCACAUGUUCACUCUAAUGACUCCGCCCACCUCAAGCCACGCCCGCCAGUAGACGCAGUGGGAGGGGACAGGAAUAGCAUUGACUCCAGGACUUGUAUAAAUUUUGUACAUUACACCUCACGCCAACCCUGAAGAAUAGAUUUUAAAGAUGAAAUAGUUAUUUGGGUGUGAAAUAAG